GUGGCGCUGUGUUUAAGAGCUCUGUGUCUUGCUCUGCUGUAUUUGCGCUGUGGCUCUAAGAGGCUGACUCUAUUAUAAGUAUAGAGGACUUAUCUGGUGGCUAAGUGAUAUUUGAAGGCAUCUUGGGGCUUCAAACACAAGUCAACAUGAGUACUGCUACCCAGAGGAAAAGACGGACAUCAUCUGCUACAUGUUCUCGCCGUGGAAACAGCAAGAGGAACCGGACCCUGAUGUCUCAAACAGCGAGGGAGACCAUUGAUGUGCUGGAGAGUGACCGAACUCGCAGUGAGUUUGAGCAUGUUGAUUUACCAGCUGUCUCCUUUGCCUCUGAUUCUGCUGUCCGUAGGUCUACGCCAGGGGCUGUUAGCUGUCCUGUUUGCAUGGAUGCUUAUUCAGAGAUCAUCGACAGUGGUCGACUCAUGGUCUCCACAAAGUGCGGCCACCUUUUCUGCAGUCAGUGCAUCCGCGACUCUCUCAGCAGAGCUCACAGCUGCCCUACAUGUAGAAAGAAGCUCACACACAAACAGUAUCACCCAAUAUAUAUCUAAUGGUAAAGAUCAGCCGUGUGCAUCUCACAAAGUUCUGUAGUACGCUCUCAUGAAACAAUUUCACAGCUCCAUAUGGUCACUGGCUGUUUCAUAUUUCACACAUCAAUGCCGAUAUGUGAUAUCAGAUGAUCAGAUCAGAUGAUAUUUGGCAUUAUUUUGACUUGCGGGAUUCUGUUGGAACUAAAAGGGCACUUAGUCCAGGAUUAAGUAUUUUUUAAAUUGUGAAUAUAUGCGUAUAUAUAUAUAUAUA